AUGGAGGAGCUACUACUGCCGACAGAUUGCGAGGAAACACAGUACAACAAUAGUUCGUAUUCUCCAAGAGGAGACACUGGGGGGAAAACCAUGUACGAACGUGUCAAGGCAUUCUUACAUGGGACGUUCGUCGUUGACUUCAAACAGUGGCUGAGGGAGUACCUGAAGUGCAACGGCCUGCUGACACUCUCAGUUUUUGCCGUGUUGACUGGCUGUCUCCUGGGGUUCAUGUUGAGAGGGAGCCAUCUCUCAACCCAGGUACGUGGCGCUUUAUCACACACUCAGAUGCAUGUGCAAAUGCUGCUUGAUUAUUUGAUGUGCCAGCCAGAGCAUACAUUGUGUUUGUCCAUCUCUCCCUCUUUUCAGAUGAGGCGGAUCAUGACGGUGUUCCACUUAAACACCCAUAGAGCUUCUAUUUGCAUUGCCUUAAUGUACUGGAGCAUUUCAUUGUUGGGUUUUGUGGAAAACCAUAGGAGAACAUCAACCGCCAGACCUAAUGGACCAUUGAGAGAAGCUUCUAGUGCACGACACCAUCAGCAAAUGAUGGGACUGAAACCUGAAAAGGGGUGUGCAUUAAUUGUUAUAGGAACAGAGAGCUAGCGCACAGCUAGAAGAGUAGCCCUGGUAGCAUGCAUUCAUCCCCUUGAUUGAAAAAGUGGUUGUUAGGGAAGGAGUUAAUGACCUACUCAGCAACGUGUUUCAGUUCCUGAGAGGAAAGUUCUCCGCUGAUGCAAAUGUAGCAGUCUCAACGCAUUUGUGGCUGAAGAAAUUCUAAUCUAGACCAUAGAUGGUGAACCGAUUACUGGCUUCAGAAAAAUAAUUGCAGCAUUUUCUUGGAGAGCAACAGUAGACACCUAGAGAGUUAUAGGCCAUCUAUGGUGCUCAUAAGUUUAGGAAGGAUAGGUAUCAUAUGCCCACAUUAUCACGCCCCUCCUGGCCACCUUUACAUGAAGACGAAAGGAAAACGAUGUUCAGAACAGUAGAUGGUUGAGGUCAAUCCAAGCUCAGUCCUGUCAGGAGAAGAGGGGAUUAUUUGAUCUCAGAUUGAGAUUUGGCUUGCCAAAGCAAACAUAGCCUAGAGUGUGCUCGAUAAUCACAGGUGACGCAUGACCCAAGGCUGAUGUUUGUAAGUGUGGGGAGGUUUAACCUGAGGAAAUUACCGUGAGUGUUACUACAAAGCUACACUGAACAAAAAUACAAACGUAACAUGUAAAGUGCUGGUCCCAUGAGCUGAAAUAAAAGAUCCCAGACAUUUUCCAUACGCACAAAAAGCUUAUUUCUCUCACAUUUUGUUGACAAAUUUGUUUACUGUACAUCCCUGUUAGUGAACAUUUUAUCCUUUGUCAAGAUAAUCCAUCCACCUGACAGGUGUGGUAUAUCAAGAAUCUGAUUAAACAGCAUGAUCAUUACACAGAUGCACCUUGUGCUGGGGACAAUAAAAGGCCACUCUAAAAUGUUCAGUUUUGUCACACAACACAAUGCCACAGAUGUCUGAUGUUUUGAGGAAGCGUGCAAUUGGCAUGCUGACUGCAGGAAUGUCCACCAGAGCUGUUGCCAGAGAAACGAAGACCACGUGUAACCACGCCAGCCCAGGACCUCCACAUCCAGCUUCUUCACCUGCAGGAUUGUCAGAGGGGGGAGGGGGAGUAUUUCUGUCUAAUAAAGCCCUUUUGUGGGGAAAACAGAUUCUGAAUGGCUGGGACUGGCUCCCAAGUGGGUGCACCCCUGCCCAGUCAUGUGAAAUGCAUAGAUUAGGGCCUAAUCAAUUUAUUUCAAUUUAAUGAUUUCCGUAUAUGAACUGCAACUCAGGAAAAUCUUUGAAAUUGUUGCAUGUUGCAUUUAUAUUUUUGUUCAGUAUAUCUGAGUCACUUAGUCAUAUAUGGCUCUGAGACCUAUCAAUGCCAUCCAAACAUUUGAAACCACGUUGAUUUAUAAUUUUUUAUCAACACCAAUGACUGAUGUAAAGCAGUGUUGUGAUAUCUUGUAAUGCAAAAGGAAUACCUAUGAACCUGAUCGAAUCAACCAAUAUUAUUCACAGUUAUUUCUUUACUAUUUUGAAAAACAAGAACAACCUUUUACCUUUUCACAAGGGGUGAAUCUGAAAAGCCUUUUCCUCAAUUUCCCUUCUCAAAACAUUGAAGGAGUAGGUGCAUUGGAGGAGAAGGAACCUUUGAUCUUCUUCAACGUUCUCCUGACCUCCCUUUAAAUAUUUGAGAAAGAAUCUAGGAGAGAGGACACGAAGAAUCAAGCAAAAGGCUUUUGACAUUCACCCAAGUGUGUGCUGAUGGGUACUUUUUCCUAGAAAAAAAGAAUACUUGAAACAAAAAUAUCUGUCCAACCACUGUAAAGGGUCUCCUGUGGAAAGAGACAAAGUUUUGGAAUAUGUUUGAAGGUGCUCUUUGGCUCUUUUUUUCAACAAUCAUCCUCCUCAAAUGUUUUAAGUCACCAGCUGCCACUGCUUUGGAGUGAGUGCUUCAUCCCUACCUACAUUAACAUUCAUGUUUCUUCUGAUUUCCCCUCCAGGCUAAGAUUUAUUUUUCGUUCCCUGGAGAGCUUCUUAUGAGAAUGCUCAAAAUGCUUAUCCUUCCCCUCAUCACGUCCAGGUAAACAUAUGUAAUGUCAACUUCUGUCCAGUAAUAUGGUAGCGUAUUCAAUCAGCAAUAGAGGAAUAAAAGUAUAAUUUGAUGUUCACUGUGAAUUCCUCUAUUGUUGAUUGAAUAUACUUCACACACCACAAAAAAUAUUCAGCUUCAAAAGUGACUUUUGAAAAUGCAUUUGAGAAAAGUGCAUAACUGGACAAGGGGUUAAAUGAAUUGGAGAGAAUGCUGACUGCAGGAUGACUUUUGAUGUUGUCAUCACACCUCACUCACCCAUUGAUAGUAGCUACCCCCUACAGACAGGCAAUGAUAUCACAUCUUCAUUGAAGUUGAAUGGGGCUUAAAAGAUUAAACAAAACAAGACUUUGCAUUUUAACUAGAUUUCAAUAGAUUCCAUAUGGUCUACAUAAUAUGACAGGUUCCAGUUAUAUUACAACUGUCAGAUAGUAUAUAGCCUCUGCCGAGUCAACAACAACUGGAUAUUCCGGUUUUCAGGGGAAAUGGAAACAAGGGAACGCUCCAUCUUAACUCCUCCUCCACAUUUACUGGAUUGGUUGAACAGUGCAGAAGAGAACCUCCACCCACAGUUUUUUUCUUCUUCUUGUCAAGACCAGUAUGGAGGGGAUCUAGUUUCAGGCAUUUAAUUUAUGCCUGCUAUGUUUGGUUACAUAGUAUAGGACGUAGUACUUACAACAAACACUUGAAAAGGUGUCCUGCCAAUGUUCAUUAGAUCUCACUUAGGUCCACACUCUCUCCUGGUCAAUCUCCUUAGUUUCAUUUCAUCACUCACUAGAAUGGAACCAUAUUUCAGUACCAAUUUAGGCACCUGAGCAAUUAUUGGGCCAUUUCUAUUGCAUGUUUUCAUCAUUUGAUCCUAACCAAUCCUCUCUCUUUUUUCUCUCUCUACAGUUUAAUGUCAGGCCUGUCGUCUAUGGAGUCUAAAGCCUGUUGUCGUAUGGGUGUUCUCACUGUGACCUACUACCUGUGGACCACCUUCAUUGCGGUGGUGGUGGGUAUCCUGCUGGUGAUCAUCAUCAAGCCCGGGGUGGGCACUGAAAUGGACAGCAACAGGCUAGGAGGAGGGCCCGUCAUGACUUCUGCUGAUGCCUUGCUAGAUCUCAUUAGGUGAGUGACCAAUAAAGAUAAACCAGAAGCAUAAUUGAAGCUUGAAAAUAUAUAUAUAUAGGCGCACAAUUUCUACUUAAAAUACCAAAGGGACGCAAAAGGCACUCAGUCGUGGAAUAACCCAACUAUAUCUUCAGUCUAGGGACAAACAAUAUACAAUACAUAUAGUCUAGGAACAACCAAUAUCUUCAGACUUAUUGCAAGCAAAAGCUAAGACAGUAUUCAAUCAAUUGCAGACAUAGCCACAUGAAGUAGGUGUGCUGAAGGUGCUGCAGCACCCCCUGAAAAAUCUGAUUGUGUUAUUUUUAUUCAUACAAAAAAUAUAUAUAUUUUUGACAUUUUUCUUUUUUCACUAAAGUAGUGCACUUGGCCUUAACUAGUCCUGUAUUAGCGGGUCAAUAUAGCCAUCUGUAGCACGGGCAAAAAAAUCGCUGCACCCCCCGCCCCCAAACAUCUUCCCACGGCUAUGACUGCAGAUAUCGAUUUCCAGAAAGUGCUUUCAGGAGUAAGUUGGAUUUGUUACAGCAGUGUGUCCUGGAUGAAGGGAGUUGACACUAGAUUUAGAAACUGUCAGUCCUGUGGUGUGGCCCCAUUCAGUGCUGAUGACAAAUCUAGCACCCACAACCAGACUGCCAAUUUCAACAGUGAGCUCCAAAAGUAUUGGGACAGUGACAAUUGUGUUGUUGUUGUUUUGGCUCUGUACUCCAGCACUUUGGAUUUGAAAUGAUAUAAUGACUACAAGGUUAAAGCGGAGACUGUCAGCUUUAAGUUCAGAGUAUUUUCAUCCAUAUCGGGUGAACUGUUUAGAUAUUACAACACUUUUUGUAGAUAGUCCCCCCAUUUUAGGGGACCAAAAGUAUUGGGACAAAUUCACUUAUAUCAAAACAUUUAUUUUUCACAUACACGUGUUUAGCAGAUGUUAUUGUGGGUGUAGCGAAAUGCUUGUGCUUCUAGCUCUGACAGUGCAGUAAUAUCUAACAAGUAAUAUCUAACAAUUUCACAACAUAUACAGUACCCAAUACACACAUAAUAAUACAUAAAAACACAAAAUACCGCAAAGUUUCCUAAGAGCUAGUCGCGAGGACACCUUCUUCGUCGGCGCCAAUCAAAGUUUGUAUACUAAAGUAGUAAAAAGUUAAGUAUUUGGUCCCAUAUUCAUAGCAUACAAUGACUACAUCAAGUAAAACAAAUUCUAAAGCCAUCAUUUCCUGAAUUGAUCGAAUUAGGAUAUAUUGACUCCAGUCCUAUAGGCCUAAUAUGCAUUCUACUACCUAUUGUUGUCUAUGCUUGGUAGUCCCACGCAGUAGCAACAACUGUCUCAGGAGGUUGGGACACACACACACACAAUCCAGUUAAAUGACAGGGGUGAUUAAGGUAUUUUUAGUAAUCCAAAAGGGAUGAUUUACAGAUUAACCCAGUCAUGAACAGUGAAGAUACAAUGAUCUUGGUGGAGGAUCGCUUCACUGGCACACGUCAGGAGGGCUUCUGGCUCGUGCCUGUCUGAAAGUACUUCCCUCUUUUAAGAGCCCUCACAGGAGUGGUCUGCCCUCUUCAUCCACUUGUUAAUUUAACCUCUGACAUUGCAGAGAAAAGAGAGGAAUAGAGGAGAGCAAGAGUAAAAACUGAUAACGUAGGGGGCAAAUUGCCUCUACUGUGUUCACUGAUAUAAAACUAAGACACUUCACAAGUUCUUCAUUUCUUUGCAAAUGCAUAGUAAUUGUUUCAAAUGCAUAGAAUAUGUUUGUAUUGUCAAAAAGCUGCACUUUAUGCAAACAUACUGUACAUCAAAAGGUAUAUACAUUCUGUGGAAUACACAUCAAUGAUUAGACUGCAGGGGACCACUUUCCUUUGCAUGGCUCACAAAUUAUUGUAACAAUUCAAAAGGUUGAAAAAGGAUGUUAUUCAUGAUAAUCAUACUUAUCAAGUUGGAAUUAUUAUGAUUCCCUCUUAUAUGGUAAUAAUUACACUUGACCUUACUGAUACUGAUCAUGAAUGAAUGGCCAUGUGUUUUACCCUUACUGUAUGCACCAACAUAUCAACAUGCUAAGCUAAAUUAUAACAUUAUCUUUUUACAGGAAUAUGGUUCCUUCCAAUCUUAUUGAGGCGACAUUUCAGCAGGUAACACCAGACCAAUGCUAAUGUACAGUAUGACACAUAUAGAGUGACUUCAGAAAGUAUUCACACACCCUGACUUUUUCCACAUUUUGUUGUGUUACAGCCUGAAUUUAAAAUAUAUUUAAUUAAGAUUUUGUGCCACAAUACCCCAUCAAAGUCAAAGUGGAAUUAUGUUUUUAGACAUUUUUACAAAUUAAUUAAAAAUGAAAAGCUGAAAUGUCUUGAGUCAAUAAGUAUUCAACCCCUUUGUUAUGGCAAACCUAAAUAAGUUCAGGAGUAAAGAUUUGCUUAACAAGUCACUUAAUACGUUGCAUGGACUCACUCUGUGUGCAAUAAUAGUGUUUAAGACCCCUUAAGGUAUAAAAAAAAUAAUAAUAAUGUUUUAUCAAAAAUUGAAUUUGCCAUUACUGCUAUUAGCCAAUAGAAACGCAUUGUAUAGCAUUCACACUACAUGGAACAACAGAUAGUCCCCCCAUAAAUCAAAAGAACGUUUGUUCUGAAGUGUCUGUCCUAUAUCUGAGAGAUAUAAGAAAGAUCAGAAAACUAUAAAAAAUGUUUUUUUACACCUUAUUUUAGGCACUGAACUAUCUCCAUAUAUACUUCCAUUCACCUUCAAAAGAGUCUUGUGAGGCCUGUGCCUAGAGCAAAACAACCGACAUUUACAUGUUUGUGAGAGUCUCACCUUUCCACAGAGGGGUCAUAUUAGUGUGUAGCCCAAACUGUUCGGACGCUACACACAGAAGUUGGCAGAAGAGGCUGUACCAACUUCAGAUGAGUCCCGUGACGCUUGUGGGUGUCGUAGAGCAAACAGAGAACACCAUCGUGAGAGUUUGUAGGCCAAACCGUUCGGUAGCUACAGACUUUUUGUGAGAAGACCGAUUUUCGGGACGUCUCAUGGUCUGACAAACACCGCUCUAGCUCUGCCACCUUUCACCGCAGAUGCGGAAGGGCGAUAUCGGAGGAUGCGGGGGAUUGAGACACAGCCCAUGCCAGAUAUCGAUAGCUUAAACAGACAGAUUUUGAUGGGGAUUUGUGUAUUAUGUUAAUUAGAUUUACGCGGGGCCGCGGAAAUUGUAGGCUAAGGGUUAACAUGAUUUUUUUAUGAUUACCUCAUCUCUGUGCCCCAAACAUACAAUUAUCUGUAAGGUCCCUCAGUCGAGCAGUGAAUUUCAAACACAGAUUCAACUACAAAGACCAAGGAGGUUUUCCAAUGCCUCGCAAAAAAAGGCACCUAUAGGUAAUCGGUAAAAAUAAAAUAGAAAGCAGACAUUGAAUAUCCCUUUGAGCAUGGUGAAGUUAUUAAUUACACUUUGGAUGGUGUAUCAAUACACCCAGUCACUACAAAGAUACAAGCGUUCUUCCUAACUCAGUUGCUGGAAAGGAAGGGAACCUUUAAUGGCUGUGAUAGGAGAAAACUGAUGAUGGAUCAACAACAUUGUAGUUACUCCACAAUACUAACUUAAAUGACAGAGUGAAAAGAAGGAAGCCUUCACAGAAUAAAAAAUAUUCCAAAACAUGCAUCCUGUUUGCAAUACGGCACUAAAGUAAAACUGCAAAAAAUGUGGCAAGAAAUUAACUUUAUAUCCUGAAUACAAAGCAUUAUGUUUGGGGCAAAUCCAACACAACACAUCACUGAGGACCACUCUUCAUAUUUUCAAGCAUGGUGUUGGAUGCAUCAUGUUAUGCGUAUGCUUGUCAUCGGCAAGGACUAGGAAGAUUUUUAGGAUAAAAAGAAACAGAAUAGAGCUAAGCACAGGCAAAAUUCUCGAGGAAAAACAUUUUCUGUCUGCUUUCCAACAGACACUGGGAGACAAAUUCACCUUUCAGCAGGACAAUAACCUAAAAUACAAGGUCAAAUACACUGGAGUUCUUUACCAAGACGUCAUUGAAUGUUCCUGAGUGGCCUAGUUACAGUUUUGACUUAAAUCGGCUUGAAAGCCUAUGGCAAGACUUGAAAAUGGCUAUCUAGCAAUGAUCAAUAACCAACUUGACAGAGCUUGAAGAAUUUUUUAACUAAUAAUGUGCAAAUAUUGUACAAUCUAGGUGUGCAAUGCUCUUAGAGACUUACCCGGAAAGACUCACAGCUGUAAUCGCUGCCAAAGGUGAUUCUAACUCAGGGUUGUGAAUACUUACACUACCGUUCAAAAGUUUGGGGUCACUUAGAAGUUUUCUUGUUUUUGAAAGAAAAGCAAUUUUUUUCCAUUAAAAUAACAUCAAAUUGAUCAGAAAUACAGUGUAGACAUUGUUAAUGUUGUAAAUGGCUAUUGUAGCUGGAAACGGCAGAUUUUUAAUGGAAUAUCUACAUAGGCCUACAGAGGCCCAUUAUCAGCAACCAUCAGUCUUGUGUUCCAAAGUUGAUCAUUUUAAAAGGCUAAUUGAUCAUUAGAAAACUCUUUUGCAAUUAUGUUAGCACAGCUGAAAACUGUUGUGCUGAUUAAAGAAGCAAUAAAACUGGCCUUCUUGAGACUAGUUGAGUAUCUGGAGCAUCAGCAAUUGUGGGUUCGAUUACAGGCUCAAAAUGGCCAGAAACAAAUAACUUUCUUCUGAAACUCGUCAAUCUAUUCUUGUUCUGAGAAAUAAAGGCCAUUCCAUGCGAGAAAUUGCCAAGAAACUGAAGAUCUCAUACAACGCUGUGUACUACUCCCUUCACAGAACAGCGCAAACUAGCUCUAACCAGAAUAGAAAGAGGAGUGGGAGGCCCCGGUGCACAACUGAGCAAGAGGACAAAUACAAAAAGCCAUAUCUCAGACUUGCCAAUAAAAAUAAAAGAUGGGCAGUCUGAGAUAUGGCUUUUUCUUUGCAACUCUGCCUAGAAGGUCAGCAUCCCGGAGUCGCCUCUUCACUGUUGACGUUGAGACUGGUGUUUUGCGGGUACUAUUUAAUGAAGCUGCCAGUUGAGGACCUGUGAGGUGCCUGUUUCUCAAACUAGACACUCUAGUGUAUUUGUCCUCUUGCUCAGUUGUGCACCGGGGCCUCCCACUCCUCUUUCUAUUCUGGUUAGAGGCAGUUUAUGCUGUUCUGUGAAGAGAGUAGUACACAGCAUUGUACGAGAUCUUCAGUUUCUUGGCAAUUUCUCGCAUAGAAUAGCCUUCAUUUCUCAGAACAAGAAUAGACUGACGAGUUUUCAGCUGUGCUAACAUAAUUGCAAAAGGGUUUUCUAAUGAUCAAUUAGCCUUUUAAAAUGAUCAACAUGGAUUAGCAAACACAACAUGUCAUUGGAACACAGGACUGAUGGUUGCUGAUAAUGGGCCUCUGUACACCUAUGUAUAUAUUCCAUAAAAAAUCAGCCGUUUCCAGCUACAAUAGCCAUUUACAACAUUAACAAUGUCUACACUCAAUUUGAUGUUAUUUUAAUGGACAAAAUUUUUUAUUUUCUUUCGAAAACAAGGACAUUUCUAAGUGACCCCAAACUUUUGAACGGUACUGUAUGUAAAUUAGAUAUUUUUGUAUUUCAUUUUCAAUAAAUGUGCAAACAUUUCCAAAAACAGGUUUCACUUUGUCAUUAUGGGGUAUUGUGUGUAGAUUGGUGAGAAAAAAAAAAGUAUUUAAUCGAUUUUGAAUUCAGGUUGUAACACAAUGUUAUGAUGAGUUUCUAGGGUAUCAAGUAAUUAAGGAUGUAAGAAUAUAAUUAGACGACUCUGUGGAAAGUUAAUACAAAGGUUUAAUAGUCGGUACCGGGUUCGUUAUAACAAAAGACAGUGCUUUGCCUCUUGCCAUUCCGAAGUACUGAACAAAGACAAUAUCUCAGUUUAUAUAGCUUCGAUUACAUGUUUCUUCACGAACAUCUGGCAACCCUCAAUGGGCACUCCCUUCUUUGAUGUUAUUACCUUGUACCCCAAGUCAGUAUAUCAUGUCCAUCAAUCAUUCUAAGGUCAACCACCAGUAAGCUCCCUUGACAUAAUGGAGUCCUUGGUAUUCAGACUGUGCGGCGCCCAGAAUCGCUUAUCUACUAACUUUAACCUGGUUCACACAACACUAUGAAAUGACAUCAUAACACACAACAAAAUGUGGAAUACGUCAAGGGGUAUGAAUACUUUCUAUAGGCACUGUACCAUUGUUUAUUUAACUAAUAUGCCAGACAAAGAAGACCUUCCAUUAGUAGUGAUUAACAAAUCAAGACAAAUCCCUACAGCUCAUGGUAUUGUAGUUUAUAUCGCCUUCCUCAUCAGCAAAGUUCUUAUUGAUUCCAGUACAAAACAGAACUGGUCCCUAUCCUGAAAGUCCCCAGGGUCAUGGUGCAGCCCAACUUUGUGUACAUCAUGCCUGAUGAUAGUGGCCCCACUGGUCGGACGGUGUUCCUGGAGCUCACUCCGCCCCCUGAGAUUCACUACAAGACCAGCGCUGGCAGCAGCCAACAGAUGAACGUGCUGGGGAUCGUCAUCUUCUCUGCCACCAUGGGUAAAGCCAGUUUAUCCUCUAUUUUCUUUUAUAUUUUUUAUUAUUUUCUGUAUCAAUGUUAUAUGUAUCCAUCUCUAUCUAAACUAAUUUUAUUUUUGCUCCUUCAGGGCUAUUACUGGGGAAAAUAGGCGAGAGAGGAGCACCACUAGUUAACUUGUGUCAGUGCGUCAACGAAUGUGUCAUGAAAAUCAUCAACACUGCUGUUUGGUAAGUGGGGGACGAGCUUUGUAAAUAGUUUAAAUGGUCAUGGUUCCACUGGCUCAGUGGGUUAGAGCAUGGCAACAGCAGGUUUGUGGAUGUGAUGUCCGUUCAGUGUGACUUUCUGAGAUUAUGACCUGUACACGGGCAUGAGAAUGGGGUCAUUGUCUUGUGGUCAAGCUGUGGAGACGUCAGGCGACCAUCUUGCUUUGUUCCACCCAGCAGCGAACUGCACAUGCCGAGGAUUAGUCAAGCAGGAGGAGAUCACCCGGUGUUCAGGGUCAACAGUGACUUAUCCCAGGGACCUCUGGCACCACCAGGGUAGAACGACUGCCCCCUCUCAUUGAAGCCACAGAAGUUCAAGGCUGACCGCGGUACUGCAGGCAUUGUUUGCAGAAAACAGGCAAUCUUCAUGGUCAAUCUUUGUGUAUUUUUUUUAUUUUUUUAUCUAAGACAAACAUGGUACCAAUAAUUGCUUCUAAUACACCAGAUGUAUGUCCUUGAACCGAUUAUUUAAAAAUUUGCACACAGGAUAAUUUAGUUGCUAAUAGCAGCCUGCAACGUCACUUCCUGGAGUAGCUCAAACUGUGCAUGUUAUGUGGCCGUCACUAGUUACCACAGCCACAAAGUCAUUAUGGCUAAACCCUGCCUAUUUCUAAAAUGUAUCUUCUUAAAAUCAGAUUUGAAACCUAACCUUAACCACAAUGCUUAACCUUAACCUUAAAUUAGGACCAAAAUGCCAAAAAAAAGCAUACAUUUUUACGAUAUAUUGACUUUGUAGCUGUGGUAACUAGUGACAACCAUGUUCCGUCGCCAUGAGACGCCAUCUUAACCAACUUCAUUUGGCUUCAAUGCGCUAUUGAGUCUUCACAUAAGAGUGAAUGGUGUCAUGUGAUCGAUGGCUUUGUCCAUUCAUAUAUGUACAGUCAUUAGGCACCAUGCAUGCAGCUCAGGUUUACCUGAAACUGGCCUGGCCAUUUUGUAUGAUGUCACUUACCACAGAGGUUCUGCUGAUAUAGGACCAACCUCAAAGACUUGAAUGGCUCUUGGCUCUGACAUGUUUUUCGAGGCAGGAAGCAACUCACGUGACACAUACUUUUUUUUGUGAAUAUAGUUUUCACAAUACAUAACAUAAUAUCAAUUACAAUGUAUUUAUUUUUAUUCUGUUUUACUGUGUCGGAAACUGCUCAUUAGGAAAAACACAUUUGACCUACAGGUAACUGCCAAAAUAAUGGAGACACUUUAGUAAAUGAGGGAUACAACAUACAGUGGAGAGAACAAGUAUUUGAUACACUGCCAAUUUUGCAGGUUUUCCUACUUACAAAGCAUGUAGAGGUCUGUAAUGUUUAUCAUAGGUACACUUCAACUGUGAGAGACGGAAUCUAAAACAAAAAUCCAGAAAAUCACAUUGUAUGAUUUUUAAGUAAUUAAUUUGCAUUUUAUUGCAUGACAUAAGUAUUUGAUCACCUACCAACCAGUAAGAAUUCCGGCUCUCACAGACCUGUUAGUUUUUCUUUAAGAAGCCCUCCUGUUCUCCACUCAUUACCUGUAUUAACUGCACCUGUUUGAACUCGUUACCUGUAUGAAAAGCACCUGUCCACACACUUAAUCAAACAGACUCCAACCUCUCCACAAUGGCCAAGACCAGAGAGCUGUGUAAGGACAUUAGGGAUAAAAUUGUAGACCUGCACAAGGUUGGGAUGAGCUACAGGACAAUAGGCAAGCAGCUUGGUGAGAAGGCAACAACUGUUGGCGCAAUUAUUAGAAAAUGGAAGAAGUUCAAGAUGACGGUCAAUCACCCUCGGUCUGGGGCUCCAUGCAAGAUCUCACCUCAUGGGGCAUCAAUGAUCAUGAGAAAGGUGAGGGAUCAGCCCAGAACUACACGGCAGGACCUGGUCAUUGACCUGAAGAGAGCUGGGACCACAGUCUCAAAGAAAACCAUUAGUAACACACUACGCCGUCAUGGAUUAAAAUCCUGCAGCGCACAAAAGGUCCCCCUGCUCAAGCCAAGGCAUGUCCAGGCCCAUCUGAAGUUUGCCAAUGACCAUCUGGAUGAUCCAGAGGAGGAAUGGGAGAAGGUCAUGUGGUCUGAUGAGACAAAAAUUGAGCUUUUUGGUCUAAACUCCACUCGCCGUGUUUGGAGGAAAAAGAAGGAUGAGUACAACCCCAAGAACACCAUCACAACCGUGAAGCAUGGAGGUGGAAACAUCAUUCUUUGGGGAUGCUUUUCUGCAAAGGGGACAGGACGACUGCACCGUAUUGAGGGGAGGAUGGAUGGGGCCAUGUAUCGCAAGAUCUUGGCCAACAACCUCCUUCCCUCAGUAAGAGCAUUGAAGAUGGGUCGUGGCUGGGUCUUCCUGCAUGACAACGACCCGAAACACACAGCCAGGGCAACUAAGGAGUGGCUCCGUAAGAAGCAUCUCAAGGUCCUGGAGUGGUCUAGCCAGUCUCCAGACCUGAACCCAAGAAAAAAUCUUUGGAGGGAGCUGAAAGUCCGUAUUGCCCAGCGACAGCCUCGAAACCUGAAGGAUCUGGAGAAGGUCUGUAUGGAGGAGUGGGCCAAAAUCCCUGCUGCAGUGUGUGCAAACCUGGUCAAGACCUACAGGAAACGUAUGAUCUCUGUAAUUGCAAACAAAGGUUUCUGUACCAAAUAUUAAGUUCUGCUUUUCUGAUGUAUCAAAUACUUAUGUCAUGCAAUAAAAUGCAAAUGAAUUACUUAAAAAUCAUACAAUGUGAUUUUCUGGAUUUUUGUUUUAGAUUCCGUCUCUCACAGUUGAAGUGUACCUAUGAUAAAAAUUACAGACCUCUACAUGCUUUGUAAGUAGGAAAACCUGCAAAAUCGGCAGUGUAUCAAAUACUUGUUCUCCCCACUGUAUAUUGAAAGUAGGUGCUUCUUCACAGGUGUGGUUUCUGAGUUAAUUAAGCAAUUAUCAUCCUUUCAUGCUAAGGGUGUAUAAAAUGUAUAAAAAUGCUGGGCAGGCCAUUAUUUUGGCUACCAUGGCUAUGACCCCAAAAGAUGACAGUGCCGCCAUCGAGUGGUCACUGAAUGGUUUGAUGAGCAUUAAAACAAUAUAAACCAUAUGCCAUGGCUGUCUCCGUCAUCAGCUCUUAACCCAAUUGAACACUUAUGGGAGAUUCUUUAGCGGCGCCUGAGACACCCUUUUCCACCACCAUCAACAAAACCCCAAAUGGUGGAAUUUCCUGUGGAAGAAUGGUGUUGCAUCCCUCCAAUACAGUUCCAGACACUUGUAGAAUCUAUGCUAAGGUGCAUUGAAGCUGUUCUGGCUCAUGGUGGGCCAACGCCCAAUUAAGACGCUUUAUGUUGGGAUUUUCUUUAUUUUGGCAGUUACCUGUAGGUUGUAUAGACAGUCUUUUGGGGUGUUUAUUGAACAACAGUGAAACACAGUUCUUCCUUUUUUAAUUUCCGGACAGGUAUUUUCCAUUUGGGAUCAUAUUCCUCGUAGCUGGAAAAAUCCUGGACAUGCAGGACCCAUCUACUAUUGGGAAGAAGCUGGGCUGGUACACCAUCACUGUUCUGGCCGGGCUUUUUGUCCACGGCCUCAUUCUCCUCCCUUUCUUUUACCUCAUCCUGACUAGGAAAAACCCCUUCACUUUCAUCAGAGGCCUGCUUCAAGCCUUGGUCAUAGCACUGGCCACCUCCUCAAGGUAAGUCAGUGGUCUGUCUGUGCCUAUUUUUCUCAUUAAACAAUGAUAUUUUUCACUGUCCUGGAGGGCUACAGUGUGCAACCAACCUGGGUUGGGGUCAAUUCCUUUCUUAAUUCAGUCAGUUCAGUAGGAAGUGAAUUUACAUUAAACUCAUGUUGAAUUGGAAAUUGACCGUUUUUUCAAUUUGUGAAUUGAAUUUCAGUUCACCUCCUGAAUUGAAAUGGAAGUGACCCCCCAUUCAGCUAAGUUCCAUAAUACCUGAUUAAUUUGAUUCAGGUGUGUUAGUGCUGGGCUGGGACAAAAGCUUGCAAACACUGUGGCCCUCCAGGACCAGGUGUGUAGAACACUGUCACAGAGGGUUGAGCUGUGAUGCAUGAAAAGGAUUCCUUAUAAACAUUGCAAUGGCGAGUUUGAUUGAUCAUCUCCAGCUUCAAACACUUUCUUUGAAACUCUUAACUUACUCAAAUUAAUCUGCAUCAUGUUGCAAUUGAUCUACAGUAUGGUGUUUAGAGGCGAACAGUCAAGCACAGAAAUCUAUUAAGAGAAUAAUAGCCUAAAUGUUCAGAAUUGUUUAAAAAUUCAGUUUGAAAACCAUGAAAGCUGAUUGUUGUAAUUAAGUAGUGUAAACGAAAGUAUUCCAAAAGGAGGAAAACAAACUAAUAUAUCCAGAGGAUAUUAGUUAGAAUGGUAGAAGUCCCUUAACUCAACUAUCUCUCUUUCUCUCUUAAGUUCUGCCACUCUGCCCAUUACUAUGAAGUGCUUGCUGGAGAACUGCAAUGUGGAUCGACAGAUAGCGCGCUUCGUGCUGCCUGUGGGCGCCACCAUUAACAUGGAUGGAACAGCUCUUUAUGAGGCCGUGGCGGCCAUCUUUAUCGCCCAGGUCAACGAUUAUGAGCUGGACUUUGGCCAGCUGGUCACCAUUAGGUAUGUAUGGGGUUUCAAAUCACUCCAAUUCUAAUGUAAACGUUCUCAUAAAGCUACCCAAUCCAUAUACUGGGUGAAACUUUGAGUCCUAACUCAAAAGCAGUAACCGUCCGGUGUAGUCUGCCAUGACAGUCUUGGUUUUGGGUGCCAAUAUUAUAACCGUUUCACAAAAAGUAACAUCCUGAUAUUACUUCUGUUUCACACAACUACAUGGGAAUGUCACUGUACAAAACUAAUGUACUUUUUUUCAUGAUGAGAUUUGGUCACUGUUUUUGAUUGAAUGAGAAAUCACUAAAUGUAGGUCGUGACACUUUUUAAAGGGUAUAGCUCAUAUCAUUUUAACCAUGGCAGGACAAUAUUGUAAUGCACCUUCUUAGCUGAGUAAUUUAUUGUGUUGGUCUCUGUUUGAAGUAUAACAGCCACAGCUGCCAGCAUAGGUGCUGCUGGGAUCCCCCAGGCCGGCCUCGUCACCAUGGUGAUUGUGCUGACAUCAGUGGGUCUGCCGCCUGAUGACAUCACUCUCAUUGUGACCAUCGACUGGGUACUGUAAGUUCACUAUGACAACAAUUAGUCAUAUUCAAUAUCUACUGUACAACAUAUACUACACAUGUUAAUCGUGACUGAAAUGGCAGAACAUUUUAUGUUUAAAAGUGAAUUAAUUAAUUUGUCAAAGGAAACCUUAAAUUGUUUCUGCAUUCAGAAACAAUGUUUUUGGUUGGAGUGGGAGGCUGACCUCUGGAGCCUUUGUAUUCCCUGUCCUUUCAGGGACAGAUUCCGAACCAUGAUCAACGUGCUGGGAGACGCCCUGGCAGCAGGAAUCAUUGGCCACUUAUGUCGGAAAGACUUUCCUCGCAGACCUACUGGCAAGGUAGGCAGCUGUCACUGUCUAGCCGCAACCACAUCAUAACAAUUGAGUUAUAGUCCUGAGCUCCUGUCAAACUGUUUUCAUGUGAGGUAUCAGAGGCCCUGCACAUUUGAGGCCCUGCACCAAAUAAUAACUGACGUCUUAAAUGUAUUUAAUGUGUCUGCCAGCCAGGGUUACACAUUUAACAAUCUGAAAUCAAUAUGUCAUGUGAAUCUAGACCGCUGAAUGUCUGCACAGUUUGUCACUUAUCACAUAGAUACUGAUCAGUGUGUUUGUGUGUGUGUGUGUGUGUGUGUGUUCCUCCUUAGUCGCAGCCUUCAUAUGGCACACAGAACUCGCACAACAUGCAGAAUGGUGUGCCUAUGACCGAGCUGCCUCUGCACAAGCAGGACUGCUGCUAUGAUGUGAUGGGGGACACAGUCAACGAGAGGCCUACCAUCUACUACAAUAUCUGUCAAGUUUAA